AUGUCGGCACCUUCGCCAUCAGGUGAACCUAUGGAGAUCACCACGCCUACCAAUUCCUCAGCCCCGCAGAGUGCUCGUAAGAGUUCGGACGGAGAAGGCAGCGAUUCUAACGAUCGCCAAAACAUCGCGCUCUCGGGGGAUCAUAAUUCAAACCCCGCCUCGACUACGAUGCCUGCGCCUGCUGCCGCGGCUGUCCACCAGCCAAAAAUAGUGCAGACUGCAUUUAUUCACAAACUCUACAACAUGUUGGAAGAUCCAAAUAUACAACACUUGAUCAGUUGGUCGAGUACUGCCGAGAGCUUCGUUAUGUCGCCUUCGCAUGAUUUCUCAAAAGUCCUUGCCCAAUAUUUCAAACAUACGAACAUCUCCUCCUUUGUCAGACAGCUAAAUAUGUAUGGCUUUCAUAAAGUCAGCGACGUAUUUCACACGGGGUCCCCAGAAACCGCGUUGUGGGAAUUUAAGCAUGGCAACGGCAACUUCAAAAGGGGUGACUUAGUUGGGCUGCGUGAAAUUAAACGACGAGCAUCCCGUCACGCACUGGUCCACCGGGAAUAUAAUAAUCAGAAACCCACCCCGUCGCAACCCGGCACUCCGGCGGAGCCCAUGCCACCUAUCCACGACGGCUCAGAUCCCCGGCUUGCGGGGUUCGAGCAAACCUUGUACGAAUUAAAUUCUAGGUUGCAACGCAGCGAAGAAAAUGCACAUUAUAUGAAUGUGAAACAGCAGGCGAUGGCGGAUGCUAUGAACCGUCUGCUUCAGUUGAACCAGGAACUGUCGAGAACGGUUCUCAGUUUGGUCCCACCUGAGAAUCCAGUCCACAGAGACGUCCUUGCGCUGCAAGGGGAAAUUCAACGCCAAACUGAAUUUGUCCGGUCCAUCGACGAACCGCAUGAGCCGCCGUUCCCGAACAGCCGUCAACUUUUUGCAAACCUUGACAAUCCCCCUGUAUCUCCUAGACAAUUGGCCCAGGACGAUCAACGGAGAUUAGGUGUACAUCAAUCUCGCGGAGCCAAUUUCUAUCGACCGCCAGUUCCUUCUGGGCUUUCGAUAACUUCAUCUUCACGUCGAUCAUAUGGGUCGAUUGGUGGAAGCACAACUCAGUCGUCACCAUCCCCUCUUCGAUCUCAGGCGCCACCGCCGCCUGCCGCGCCGCAUCCACUCGCGACCGUCGAGCCACCGCCAAGCGGCUUGCCUAGGCGGCAUACCUCAGCCGAUAUCCGAGCUCACGGAUGGCAGCCCAACCCACCGCCGUACGUCUCAUCAGGUCCGCCCUCGGCUCACUGGCCAUCUUCCCCUAGUCGGGCAGCGCAAGAAGAGCAGCGGAUUCGCGACCCCCCACCUCAUUACUCGCUGUCACGACCCGCUACCCCGCCAGCUCCUUUCUCAAAUGGUAACAUAGGAAACGGCUUGGAAAGCUUAAACAAUUGGUCCUGGAACUCGGCCGGUCGCGACAAUAGGAAUCUGUCGAUUAAAGACAUGUCCGCUCCCCCCACGAGACGAGGAAGCAUGGCGCACAUCCUCAACCCUACCGACACGGUAGAGCGAGAUGACGAAGAUGAUCCUCGGGGGGACGACGAUCGGAAGCGCAAGCGGAUGCAGUGA